CGUCCUCCGUCUCCCAGGAAAACAUGGACCAACUUCAAAAAGUGUUCAACCAAUUCAACGCCAACAAGGAUGGCAAGAUCUCGGUAAUGGCGACAUCUUGGAAACAAUGGGGUCUACCUACACAGAGGGGGAACUCAAAUGUGUCAUGGAAGACAUCGACACUGACAAAGACGGCUUCAUCAACCUCUCUGAAUUCUGCUCCCUCUGCCGCUUAUCUUCCGAUGCUGUCACCGCCGCCUCGGAGCUACGCGACGCUUUUGAUUUGUACACUCAGGACAAGAACGGCCUGAUUUCGUCGAACGAGUUACAUCUGGUUUUGAAUCGAUUGGGGAUGAAGUGCUCGGCUGAUGAUUAUGUCAGGAUGAUCACGUCCGUUGAUUUCGACGGUGAUGGAAAUGUUAAUUUCGAGGAGUUUUACAAGAUGAUGAGCGCUUCAAUGCCGAGUAAUGACAUCUUAUUCACCGGGAAUUAAAGCCACAGGUAGUGGUGCUUGAUUAUCAUAGUUUAGUCGUGUAAAUGUUGAUUUUCUAAUUAGAUUGUGUUAUUGGGUAUGAAGUCAAAUCAUUUAUAUGAGAACCCCUAGUGCAGACCAUGUUGU